AUUAACGGCGGCUUACUAAGUGAGAGAAUGGUAAGGCACAAAUGAAAUUUGCCGAACUUGCUUCUUACUCCUCCGUCUCAAGAGCUUCCUGGCUGGCCUUCCUCGAAAGCCGACGCCGACGCUGUCGUUUUUGACAUCAAAUGCUAUGCUGAAGGUUCCUCCAUCUAUUUCCAUUAUCUUUUCGUUAUCUUCUAUCAGUUAGUUCUUCUGCUCAUUUUGUUUGAUUUUACUUUUUCUUCUAUCAGUUAAUUCUUCUGCACAUUUUGGUUGGUUACUUGGAAAGUCGAUUUUCGAUUUUUUUUUUUUCAUUUUUCUUUGACGUUAUUGACAAAAUUCGCCUCUAUAAGGCAUCGUAAGAGCGUAGAAUUUUCAUUUUAUUUUAUUUGUGAAGUCUGGAUUCUCUAGUUAAUUUUUUGUAUUUUUAUUUUUAUUUAUUUAUUUUUUUUACAUUUCAAGUUCGUUUACUUUUGGGUUUUUAUUAGAGAAGACGUUAAACAUGUAAGAAUGGCAGCAGAGCAUAUCAAUCAACAAGUCUGGGUUUUCUUUCUGAAAGAACCAUCUCCGGGGAUGAUUUUUCCAUAGUCCCUGAUAAUCUCUUUUCAGUAUUUGUACUUUCCUUUGAUCACAAAAGAUCAACAUGAAGAAAUUUCUAUGCCCAACUUAUAGACAGUUUGCAUGCGUUUCAAAACCUAUGUCCAUGUUGACUAAUACAAAUGGCAAAGACUCGUUGAUUUCUCCAAGCAUGUACACUGAAGAGACUCUUGAAAACCAGUUUGCAUCAAUCUUGCAAGCUUGUUGUGUUCAUGCUUUGAUUGGUCAAGGAAAGCAAGUGCAUGCCCAGGUUGUUGUCUGCGGAUUAAGCAAAAACUGUAACCUGGGUACAAAGAUUUUGAGUAUGUAUGUUUUUUGCGGUAGCAUAAUGGAGGCCAGGAAUGUGUUUUAUCAGCUCGAAUUGCGGUAUGCUUUACCUUGGAAUUGGAUUAUUAGAGGGAUUACCAUGAUGGGUUGGUUUAAUAUUGCCUUGACGUUUUACUUCAAGAUGUUGGCUUCUGGAAUUUCACCUGACAAGUACACUUUUAUAUAUGUAAUUAAAGCCUGUAGCGGUUUGAAAAAUGCAAGGUUGGGUAAAUUAGUUCAUGAAACGAUUCAAUUGAUGGGUUUGAAGGUGGAUGUAUUUGUAGCCAGUUGUUUAAUUAAGUUGUAUGCAGACAAUGGUUGUAUCCAUGAUGCAAGGUGUUUGUUUGAUCAAAUUCCUCAUAAAGAUAUUGUUUUAUGGAAUGUCAUGAUUAAUGGUUAUGUGAAAAAUGGAGACACAAAUAAUUCUGUAGAAAUGUUCUUGAAAAUGAAAAAAAGUGAUAGUAAGCCCAAUGCGGUGACAUUUGCUUGUAUGUUGUCUAUCUGUGCCUCAGACGUUUUGAUUGGUUUUGCUACUCAGCUUCACGGGCUUGCUGUUUCUUGUGGGUUGGAGUUGGAUUCUUCAGUGGCUAACACAUUAUUAUCAAUGUAUUCCAAAUGUAAAUGCUUGUCUGAUGCACGUAGGCUGUUCGAUUUGAUGCCACAAACUGAUGUAGUGACUUGGAAUGGGAUGAUAUCUGGGUAUGUACAAAAUGGGUUUAUGACCGAGGCUUCACACAUUUUUCAUGACAUGGUAUCUGCUGGUGUCAAACCAGACUCUAUUACGUUUUCAAGUUUUCUUCCAUCUCUUGCUGAAUAUUGUAGAAAUGUGGAGAUGGCAUGCAAGAUUUUCAACCGAAGCGCCACAGUCGAUGUUGUUGUCUGCACAGCUAUGAUAUCUGGAUUUGUGCUUAACGGAAUGAACAUUGAUGCUUUGAAAAUUUUCAGAUGGUUACUUCAAGAGAAAAUGAAACCAAAUUCUUUGACCCUGGCUAGUGUUUUGCCGGCUUUUGCAGGUUUGGCUGUGCUGCGAUUGGGCAAGGAAUUGCAUGGUAACAUCAUAAAAAAUGGGCUUCAUAGGAAACGUCAUGUGGGAAGCGCAAUUACUGAUAUGUAUGCAAAAUGUGGAAAUUUGGAUCUUGCCCAUCGAGUUUUUCAAGGACUGUCUGAACGGGAUGCUGUAUGUUGGAACACAAUGAUCACUAGCUGUUCUCAAAAUGGAAAACCUGAAGAAGCCAUUGAUCUUUUUCGUAAAAUGGGGGAGGCAGGAGCCAAGUAUGAUUCUGUGAGUAUAUCAUCCAUGCUAUCUGCCUGCGCAAACUUACCGGCAUUCCACUACGGGAAAGAGAUCCAUGGUUUCAUGAUUCGAAGAGAUAUAAUCUCUGAUCUUUUCUGUGCAAGUGCCCUGAUAGACUGGUAUGCUAAAUGUGGAAACUUGGAUUUCUCUCAACAUGUUUUUGACCUCAUGCCAAACAAGAGUGAAGUUUCGUGGAACAGCAUUAUUGCGGCUUAUGGGAACCAUGGUCACCUCAAGGAUUCUCUAACUCUGUUUCAUGAAAUGUUAGAGAAUGGUAUUCUGCCUGAUCAUGUCACCUUUCUUGGUGUAAUAUCUGCUUGUGGCCAUGCUGGUCAAAUUAAUGAAGGAAUUUAUUACUUCCAUUGCAUGACCGAGCAAUAUGGAAUUCCAGCUCGAAUGGAGCAUUAUGCAUGCAUGGUAGAUCUGUUUGGGCGUGCUGGACGUUUAAAUGAAGCAUUUGAAACAAUACAGAGCAUGCCAUUUUCACCUGACGCCGGUGUUUGGGGAACAUUGCUUGGAGCUUGUCGGGUCCAUGGCAAUGUUGAGCUUGCUGAAGUGGCAUCAAAAAAUCUUUUUGACUUGGACCCGCAAAACUCUGGCUACUAUAUUUUGCUUUCAAAUAUAAAUGCUGAUGCUGGAAAGUGGGGAAGGGUACUUGAGAUUCGACGUUUGAUGAAAGAAAGAGGAGUUCAGAAAGUACCUGGUUAUAGCUGGAUUGAGGUUAACAACAUUACCCAUAUGUUUGUUGCAGCAGAUGGAAGUCACCCACAAUCUGCUCAGAUCUAUUUGUUACUUUAUAGUCUUCUUCUAGAAUUAAGAAAAGAAGGUUAUGUUCCUCAACCUUACCUUCCAACAAAUCAACAAAUAUGGGGAUGUGACACUGUAAAAUAGUUGUUAGCCAUCAGUUUUAACUCUUGUCCUUCGUUCAUCUACUGAAAUCUUUAACCUUGUUUCUCAAUUAAUGGAAACAUCUUGCACAUUGGUCUGAAGUUUCAGACCUUUAUAAUUGAGCUUGUAGUUUGUUUUAGUUACACACACACACACACACACACACACAUAUAAGAGUUAGAUGGCAAUUCUUAUUUAUUGUAACUAAAUAGAAUAAAUACUGAGUUCAAAUCUUACUACCAGUUGUGGAAAUUGUUAUUGGGAGGGAAUGGAAAAGAGAAUUGUUUGCGAUGGA